UGGCAAAAAGUGAACUCGGCAAGCUCGUCCAACGACGUCGUUCGGAAAGCUCAUCAUCCGACAGCUUGUUCAGAUGCAUAAAACAAAAAAAAUUCUGCAAGUCGAGGGUGAGGCAUCUUCUCGAUUCAACGCUCCAAAAUCAAGUUGGAUCAGAAAAUCACAAUGUCAUGGUUUGCUCGAUCCAUCGCAAACUCUCUCAGACUCGACGACGAUCAGAUCGACAACAACAAUGAUGAUAAAAGCAUCAAUGCCAAGGACGAUCAGAGGCAUCAAUCUGAUCCAUCAUCACCAUCCGCAUCCGAACGAGGAGGCGUCAAAGAAGACAUAUCGGAGCUCACCAAAACCCUAACUCGCCAGCUCUGGGGCGUCGCCUCGUUUCUCGCUCCACCGCCUCAAUCUCCACCCUCACAGAUCUCCGAUUCGACUCCUCAAUCGGCGACGGAUCUGGAAGCCUCUGAUGCUGCGGGGAUUGAUGGAAUACGCAGCGACUUUGCGGAGAUCGGAGGGAGGUUCAGGAGUGGAAUUUCUAAGCUGUCUAGUAACAAAGCGGUAUCUGAGUUUACGAAGAUUGCUUCGAAUUUUCUCCAAUUGGGAUCGGAGCAAGGGGAUUAUGGCUCCGCCCAAGGCGCUGUUGGUGUUACCGAUGAAGUGGUCGCCUUUGCGAGGGAUAUCGCGAUGCAUCCCGAGACGUGGUUGGAUUUUCCUCUGCCUGAUGACGACGACGACGAUGAUGUGUUUGACAUGUCUGAUGCCCAACAAGAGCAUGCUUUGGCUGUUGAACGUCUUUCACCAAGAUUAGCUGCUCUUAGGAUUGAACUUUGCCCAGGCUAUAUGAGUGAGGACUGCUUUUGGAAGAUUUAUUUUGUACUCCUGCAUCCUAGACUCAGUAAAAAUGAUGCUGAACUUUUGUCAACACCCCAGAUAGUGAAAGCUAGAGCUUCGUUGACACAGGAGUUGCAGAACAGAACCAAGGCAAAGCCAGAACAAGACUGGUCUGGAAGGGACGCGUCAUAUUCAAAUGACAUAGCUAACGUAUCACAUGAGAGAAGCAAUUCUGUUCCUACUGAUGCUCAAUCUGAACCUGUGCCCCUUGAGACAUCUGCCAUCAAACAAACCACUUCGACGGAGGAUGCUGAUAUUGAGACAGAGAAGCACCAAGUGCACAGUACUGAAAUCCCAAUCAUAGACAAAUCUGUCAUUGAGGAAGGGCCAGUAAACUCAGCCAAAGAACAAACUCUGCAUUCUGAUGCUUCCUCUAGAGUGUUGGUAGAACAAUAUGAAGAUGAUGGUGAUGAUUGGUUGAAGGAUGAAAGCUCAGAGAUAGUCAGUGCUGGAGGAACAACUAUCCCUGUUGAGAAUGAAGAGGAUGUGUCAUUCAGUGAUCUCGAGGAAGAUGAUGGGGAUGUUCCGACAAGUUACAAGAAAAUGACAUACGGAUCCGAUUCGUCGACAAAAGAGUCGCGAAAUUGGGUUCAGUUGAGCAGGAGCUCAAGUGACUCAACUAAGGAUGUCAAUGCUGUUAGUGUUGAACGUGCUGGAUCCACUACAAGAAAAAGAGGAUAUCACCACGGUUUUGAGGGCCGUGUUAAUGUCUCUGAUCAUGUACAGGAUAGCAAGCAGCGUUGGAUCUGGAUCAUUACCAACAGUGAGUCGAAGCAAGCUCAACGACGUAGAGAUGUAGAUCUUAUUCUCAGAUCUGCUCUCUAUGUCUCUCCGAUCUGA